GUUUAUAAAGUAAAUGUUUUAUUUCAGAGUCAGGAGUCCGGGCGCUACAGGAGGGGUUUACAUUUAUUUAUUGUUUAUAUUUUAAUAUUUUAAGUUGAUUUAUUUAAUUUUUGAAGAAAACGGAUCUGUUUUUGAGUCGCGCGCCGCGAGUUUGCGCAGUUUAUAAAGGCAAAGGCGCAAAAAUGAGUCUGAGAGGAGCCGAGCGGAGCAGCAGCAGCGCAGCACUGAGGAGCAGCACAGCACAGCACAGCGCUCACACCCUGCACUCACACCCGGCCCUGACCCUCCACACCCGGCCCUGACCCUCCACACCCAGCCCGGAGCGCACACGGGCCGCGGGCGGGAUGAGGCGGCUGUGAGGCGGUGAUUAUUCGGCGGGUCUCUGCUGUAUCUGAGGUGUUUUUUCCUGCACGCGCGGCUCUGAGGUAAACCUCACCUCACUUCCGAAUCCGAAUAAAAGUUGAAUGUGUUUGAAGUGAGCGGCCAUUUUCUCUCCGCCUGAGGAGCUCCGGUCAAACUGCUGAGUGGGAGAUAAACUCAUCACCUGCCGGCUCUCUCUCUCUCUCUCUCUCUCUGAGGCCGGGCCGGGCUGAAUCCCCGCAGCGUGCUGCCUGUGCGGUGUUUGUGUGAGGGGUGUUUGUUCCUCAGGCCUUUGUGUGGGGGGUUGGGACAGAAACGGGCCUCAAAACCGCCGAGAAAAAGUGUUUUAAUGAUAAAAAGCUGCACUUGUCCCGGUUUCCUGCUGUGUUCCAGGCUGUGCGGGAGAGAGAGAGACGCGCCUGUGGAUAGAAUGCCCAGCAAGCGUGUAUUAAAUACACAUGCGAACAUCAGAACAGACGAAGCUCCUAAAUCCAGCUCGGGACGCUGCAGGAAAAGGAAAGCAGACGUUGCUAUUCACUUGCAGGAUCCGGAUGAGGAAAUUACAGGAGCGCAGACGAGCAAGAAGCCGUGUUCGUCCCAGGAGACGUGCCAGGAUCACACAGCGGCCUCCUCUCCUCUUCAGGCUGAUAAACCGGUCGGAAUCAGCAGUGUAGGAUUCACACACUACACCAGCAGGAGUGUUUUCGUCACCCCGACGCGGCCCUCGCCCCUGCCUGCCCUGUGUUGGGCGAGUAAAGAUGACGUGUGGAACAACCUGCUGAAGAAAGAGAAACUUUAUCUCCACAGCAUGCAUCUGAUGGAGAGACACCCCAACCUGCAGCCCAAGAUGAGGGCCAUUCUGCUGGACUGGCUAAUCGAGGUGUGUGAGGUGUAUAAACUCCACCGGGAGACGUUUUAUUUAGGUCAGGAUUAUUUCGAUCGCUUCAUGGCCACACAGAAGAACGUUCAGAAGUCCACGCUGCAGCUCAUUGGCAUUUCUGCUCUCUUCAUUGCUGCCAAGAUGGAGGAGAUUUAUCCUCCUAAAGUGCACCAGUUUGCGUAUGUGACUGAUGGAGCGUGUACGGAGGAGGAGAUCCUCAGCAUGGAGAUCAUAAUCAUGAAGGAGCUGAACUGGAGUCUGAGUCCGUUAACGCCGUUGUCAUGGUUGAACAUCUACAUGCAGAUGGCGUACCUUAAGGAGUUCACUGAAGUUCUCACUCCACAGUUUCCUCAGGCCACGUUCGUGCAGAUCGCUGAGCUGUUGGAUUUAUGCGUUUUGGACGUCAGGAGUUUGGAGUUCCCCUCCAGCCUGCUCGCAGCUUCAGCUCUGUUCCACUUCUCAUCCCUGGAACUCAUCAUGAAGGUUUCUGGGUUGAAGUGGUGUGAUGUGGAGCGCUGUGUGAGGUGGAUGGUUCCGUUUGCGAUGGCGCUCCGUGAAGUUGGAAGCUCCUCCUUGAAAACGUUUAAAGGCAUUCCAGCAGAGAACAUGCACAACAUCCAGAGCCACGCCCCCUACCUGGACUGGCUGGGAAGAGUACACUCCCUUCAGCUGGUGGAUUUGGAGCACAACCAGACCUCGCCCAUCCCGUCAGGAGUGUUGACUCCGCCCCCCAGCAGUGAGAAACCUGAGGACUUUUUGUCCUGACUGCUGCUGCUGUGCUUCAGCGGUGUGGAUUGGGACACGCCCCAAAGCCAUACUGUUCUCAGAUCAGCCUUUAGAACCCUGCACAACUUUUAUGAUCUCUGCAGAGACUUUUAAUGUCUUAUUCUUUAUUUUUAAACAUGUAUUAUUGAUUGACAGAAUUACAGCCCCGCCUACUGAAUCCUCAGAGCCUCCGUGCCCUGAAUGCUGCUAUAACGGAGGUGGGACACGCCGACAUGUGUGAGAGGCAGGAUUAGACUGUGUGUGUAAAGGUGGUGAAUCAGAAUUCUUUCUAAGGAAGGUCCUGUUUACCAUGGAAACAGCUUUAAACUCCAGGACUGGAAUUUAAUUUUUUUAAAUUUUAUUCUCUAUUCUGAGUGGAAGAUUUUUACUAAUUUUAUUUUUAAAUAAAUGUCAUGCUGCUACUGUUUGUAUAUUUUAUAAACCUGAAUAAAGCUCUAAAUGCA